GUAACCGAAAAAAAAAGAAAAGAAAAGUAGAGGCAACCAAACCAACGCCCUUCGCAAGCAGCAGCAGCAGCAGAGGUUGCCUACGCUACGAAGUACGAACACACCGAAUCACAAGCACACAGCGCACACGCAACCUGAUCGCAACAAGAAACAACACUCUCUCAGAGCCUCACGCACUGCUUCGGCCAACGCUCAAGUUCAACGCCUAACUGCGAAGCCGAUCCUCUCACCGCCAGUAGCAUGGACGACGCUGGUUCUACUUCUUCACCGUCUGAUCAGCGUGCCUCUUCUGGGGCUGAUGAUGAUCGGGUUGAAUCGGGUGCUGGAGCUCUGAAGUCAGACAAGGACCCUAGGAAGGUCGCCAGAAAGUAUCAAUUGGAGCUAUGCAAGAGAGCUUUAGAGGAGAAUAUAAUUGUAUAUCUAGGGACUGGUUGUGGGAAGACCCACAUAGCGGUCUUGCUUAUAUACGAGUUGGGCCACUUGAUACGCAAACCUGAAAAGAACAAAUGCAUAUUUCUUGCGCCCACAGUGGCUCUGGUUCAACAGCAAGCCAGAGUUAUAGAAGAUUCCCUUGAUUUCAAGGUUGGGAUCUAUUGUGGAAGCUCUAACCAAUUUAAGAAUCAUCGAGAUUGGGAGAAAGAGAUGGAACAAUAUGAGGUUCUUGUUAUGACCCCUGAAAUACUGCUACGUAACUUAUAUCACUGUUUCAUUAAGAUGGAGUCAAUUGCAUUGUUGAUUUUUGAUGAGUGUCAUCACGCUCAAGUCCAAAGCAACCAUCCCUAUGCAGAAAUUAUGAAAUUGUUCUACAAAACUGAUGACACCAAACUUCCCCGUAUAUUUGGCAUGACUGCGUCUCCAGUUGUAGGGAAAGGUGCUUCGAGUCAAGCAAAUUUAUCAAAAAGCAUCAAUAGUCUUGAAAGUUUACUUGAUGCUAAGGUUUAUACAGUUGAAGAUAAGGAAGAAUUAGAUUAUUUUGUCUCUUCUCCUGUUAUCAUGGUGUACGAUUAUGGUCCUGUUAUAAGGAACACGUCCAGUCACUAUACCUCUUAUUGUACUAAGCUUGAGCAGAUCAAACGGCAGUGUAUAGAAGAACUUAGUAAGAAGACGAAUGACUACCAAAGUCUAAGAAGUGCAAAGAAACUGUUGAACAGAAUGCAUGAUAGUAUACUAUUUUGCUUGGAAAGUCUUGGCCUUUGGGGAGCAUUGAAAGCUAGUCAUAUUCUUCUGAAUGGCGACCACUUUGAACGGAAUGAACUAAUGGAGGAGGAAGGAAAUAAUGGUGAUGAUACUGUAUGUGUUAAUUAUCUGACUCAGGCUGACGAUAUCCUUGCUACUGACUGUUUGAGAGAUGCCAUUGCAGCUGAUCUAUCUUGUGUAGAGAUUUUAAAGGAACCAUUUUUCUCAAGAAAGCUCUUACGUCUGAUUGGAAUUCUUUCAUCCUUCAGGUUGCAACAAAAUAUGAAAUGCAUAAUUUUUGUAAAUAGGAUUGUUACUGCGAGUUCCUUGUCAUACAUACUACAACGCCUAAAGUUUCUUGCAUCUUGGAAGUGUGAUUUCCUUGUAGGAGUCCACUCUAGAUUGAUGAGUAUGUCAAGGAAGAAGAUGAACAUCAUUCUUGAUAAGUUCCGAUCUGGAGAGUUGAAUCUAUUGAUUGCAACUAAAGUUGGUGAAGAAGGACUAGAUAUUCAGACUUGCUGCCUUGUGAUACGAUUUGAUCUUCCAGAAACUGUUGCUAGCUUUAUACAAUCACGAGGUCGUGCACGGAUGCCUCAAUCUGAAUAUGCAUUUUUGGUAAACAGUGGCAACCAGAAGGAGUUAGAUUUAAUAGAAAAGUUCAGAAAAGAUGAAGAUAAAAUGAACAUGGAAAUUGCUAUCAGAACAUCCAGCGAGACAUUUAUUGGUUCAGAGGAUAGGAUUUAUAAAGUCGAUUCAUCUGGUGCUUCCAUCAGUUCUGGAUAUAGCAUCUCGUUAUUACACCAGUAUUGCUCAAAGCUUCCACGUGAUGAGUACUUUGACCCCAAUCCAAAAUUCUUUUUUCUUGAUGAUUUAGGGGGAACUGUUUGUCAUAUAAUUUUACCUUCCAAUGCUCCAAUUCAUCAAAUUGUCAGUACACAACAAUCUUCAAUGGAAGAUGCCAAAAAGGAUGCUUGUCUAAAAGCCAUUGAAGAAUUGCAUAAAUUGGGUGCCUUAAGUGACUAUCUCUUACCACAGCAAAGCAAUCCAAAUGUGGAGGAGUUGAUGCUAGACUCUUCUGAUUCUGACAGUACCGAAGAUGAGGAUUCACGAGCAGAACUGCAUGAAAUGCUAGUUCCUGCUGCUCUAAAAGAGCCAUGGAGUAAUUUGGAGGAUCAUGUUUCCCUCAGCUCGUAUUAUCUAAAAUUUAACCCUGUUCCUGAGGAUAGGAUCUAUAAAAGCUUCUGUCUAUUUGUCAAGGCACCCCUACCAGUAGAAGCUGAAACAAUGGAACUUGAUCUUCAUCUGGCUCAUAGUAGAUCUGUUAUGACUGAGUUAGUCCCAUCUGGAUUUGCAGAAUUUGGCAAAGAUGAGAUAUUGCUGGCACAAAAUUUUCAAGAAAUGUUCCUCAAGCUUGUUCUUGACCGGACAGAAUUUGUUUCUGAGUUUGUUCCAUUGGGAAAGCAUGAUUUUAGUCGAUCAAGCUCAUCUACAUUCUACCUGUUGCUUCCUGUAAUUUUGGGUAACAAUUAUAAGAUAGCAAGCAUAGAUUGGAGGACUAUCAAAAAAUGUUUAUCAUCUCCAGUUUUCAGGGCUCCAGGAGAUGCUUUGGGCAGGAAAAGUCAUCCUUCGGAUAUACGACUUGCAUCAGGUUUCAAAAGCAUAAGUGAUGUUAAGAAUAGUUUAGUCUAUGCCCCAUAUAAGAGUACAUUUUAUUUCAUCACUGAUGUUGUUCAAGAAAGGAAUGCCUACAGCCCAUAUAAAGACUCAGGCACUUUAAGCUAUGUGGAUCAUUUAAUUAAAAAGUUUCACAUUCAUCUUAAAUACCCUGAGCAACAGCUUCUGCAUGCCAAACCACUUUUCUGUUUGCACAAUUUGCUACACAACCGAAAGCAAGAAGAUUCAGGACCUCAACAACUAGAUGAGUAUUUUAUUGACUUGCCUCCUGAGCUUUGCGAGUUGAAGGUAUUAGGCUUUUCAAAAGAUAUCGGGAGUUCAAUAUCUUUGUUACCAUCAAUCAUGCACCGUCUAGAAAACUUGCUUGUUGCCAUCGAACUGAAGCAUGUAUUAUCUGUUUCUUUCCCGGAGGGAGCUGAGGUUACUGCUGAGAGAGUUCUAGAAGCACUCACAACGGAGAAGUGCCAGGAGCGAUUUUCCCUUGAAAGGCUUGAAAUACUUGGUGAUGCUUUCCUCAAGUUUGCAGUUGGACGACACUUUUUCCUUUUGCACAAUUCCCUUGAUGAAGGUGGACUAACAAGGAAACGUUCUAAUGUGGUAAACAAUUCCAAUUUAUUCAAGCUAGCCACAAGAAGCAACUUGCAGGUAUACAUACGGGAUCAGUCAUUUGAACCCUCUCAGUUCUUUGCUUUAGGCCGUCCUUGCCCAAGAAUUUGUGGGAAGGAGACAAUAGGAGCUAUUGAUUCUCAAGGUUUAUGUAGUGUAAAUCACACAAAUUCUAGUGAGGUCAGAUGUAGUAAGGGUCACCAUUGGUUGUAUAAGAAAACCAUUGCUGAUGUUGUUGAAUCCCUUAUUGGAGCAUUCGUAGUUGACAGUGGCUUUAAAGCUGCAACUGCAUUUCUUAGAUGGAUUGGCAUACAAGUAGACUUUGAACCAUCACAAGUUACCGAAGUAUGCAUAGCAAGCACUAGAUACAUCCCACUAUCUGCUUGCAUGGACAUUGCUGCCCUUGAAAAUUCAUUAGGGUAUCAGUUUGUCCACAAAGGUUUGCUCUUACAGGCAUUUGUACAUCCUUCUUACAACAAGCAUGGAGGAGGCUGCUAUCAGAGAUUGGAGUUUCUUGGAGAUGCCGUCUUGGAUUACUUGAUCACCUCAUACCUGUAUUCAGUUUAUCCAAAGUUGAAGCCUGGUCAAUUGACAGAUUUGAGAUCAGUAUCUGUGAAUAAUAAAGCCUUUGCUAAUGUUGCAGUAGAUCGGUCCUUCCACAAAUUUCUAAUCUGUGAUUCCAGUAGCCUUUCAGAGGCUAUAAAAGUUUAUGUGGACUUCAUUGACACCCCUGCAUCAGAAAGGGGUCUUCUUGAUGGGCCAAAAUGUCCAAAGGCUCUGGGCGACUUGGUGGAGUCCUGUCUGGGUGCAAUUCUUCUUGAUACAGGGUUCAAUUUGAAUCGUGUUUGGGAGAUAAUGUUAUCCUUUCUGAAACCAAUCAUGAGCUUUUCCAGCUUGCAGCUUAGUCCUAUUAGGGAACUACGGGAACUUUGCCAGGCUCAUACAUGGGAUCUUCGGUUUUUACCAUCAAAGAAGGGUAAAACAUAUUCAAUUCAGGCAACAGUGGAGGGGAAUAAUGUUUGUGCAACUGCUUCCUCAACUGGCUUGAACAAAAAGGAUGCUAUUAGAAUUUGUGCAAAACUGAUUUUCGCCAAGUUGAAGGCUCAAGGAAAUAUACCCAAGACAAAAUCUUUGGAGGAAGUCUUAAAGUCAAGCAAUGAGAUGGAAGCUAAACUUAUCGGAUAUGACGAGACACCAAUAGAUGUUGUGCUUCCUGAUGUGAUUGGAUUUGACAAAUUAAAUGUACAAGAACCUAGCCGCAGAAAUUUUAAUUCCAAAAUGCAUAUCAAAGAAGAAAGAAAUGGUGACUCCUCCUGCAUUAAACCUGUACUGCAACCCCCACCUUCAUUUGAAGCAGUCAAAAUACAACCAAGUGAGACCAGGGGAAAUCCCAGCUGUGAUGCUAACUCACAAGCCAGAGGUGGGUCACACGAAGCAACAGCAAGAGCUCGUUUGUAUGAAAUCUGUGCUGCUAACUAUUGGGAACCGCCUUUGUUUGAAUGCUGCAAUGAAGAAGGACCAAGCCACUUAAAAUUGUUCACCUUCAAGGUUGUAGUAAAGAUAGAAGAAGCUCCAAAUAUGAUAUUAGAGUGUUUUGGAUCACCUCAUGGGAACAAGAAGGCAGCAGCAGAGCAUGCAGCAGAAGGGGCACUUUGGUACUUGAGAAACGGAGGGUACAUAAGUAGUAGUGACUAAAAUGGUCACAAUCUUUUGCCCUGGAGACUGGAACCCAGAGAACAAUUUUUGUUUUUGUUGAUGAUUGUGAGUUGUGUGCUGAACACGAAGAUAGAUGCCUGAUUCUAGAAAAAGUGCAUGUGUGCGUCUAUAUAUGCAUAUGUGAAAAUGUUCUUCUGCCAAUCAAUAUGGCACGUUAUGUUGUCAAAUUGUCAAUCUUAAUCAUUAAUUAUGUGAAAUUAAUGAUUCAGAUUGACAACGUGACAACACAACGAGCCACAGUGUUUGGCAAGAGAACAUUUUCAUACAUAUAUAGCGAGAACAUUUUCAUACAUAUACCACAUUUUCAUAUAUAUAGAACGUUUCCAUACACUCGACAAGAGAACAUUUGUACAAACAUAUAUUCAUAUCUACAUGCAUACACGUAUGCUAAUUAUGAGU